CAAACAACAAAAAACAAAUACGACAACAAACAAAACAAACGUGUCAUAUUUGACUACAUCUCCCAGGAUACUUUGCGUCUGCGUCAGUUGUGCGACGAAAAUCUGUUGUUAAACAAGUCAAACACGGAUGUUUUAACAUCAAUGAUGGAGCAGCCAGAAGACUGUGCUCCUGCCCAGCCAACACCCACACCUCCUCCUCCUCAGUCAAAAAGGCCAAGCCAGGCUCUGUACGUCCCCAAGCAGCGACUCCCUGGCUCCAAAGACAAAGCUCAGACUCAGGGAGAAGUUAAACCGAGACCCCGGCCUCGCUACACAGACAAGGCGAGGAAGAACGCCAAGAACAAGAAGGACAAGGCUGGAGCAGCGGAUAAGGGAGCGCCUGUUGCGGGAGAAGAGUUACCGGAUGCUGACUGUAAGCCUGAUGUGAAGGAAGAGUGGUUACAGGGUACAGAUGUGCAGGUGAAUGGGCACUCUGACUCAACCGGCGGGGUGGCAGAUGCUGCCACGAGGCUGGAAGCGACGUCCCUUCAGGAAGAACCGGGGGAAGAGGAGAGCUGGGACACCUUGUUCAAUGAUGAGGGAGAUUUUCUGGAUCCACACGUGGUAGAAGAGCUCGCUGUGAAGGAAGGUAAAAAGAAGGAGUCGAUUCAGGAAGCCAGGUUUGAUUACUACAACAUGGAUCAAUAUGAUGAGGAUGACGACGACGACGACGACAUUGACCUCAGAGACGACGAACUUUCGCACAUCGUAGAGAUCUACGACUUCCCUUCAGAGUUUAAGACGGAGGACCUUCUCAAAUUAUUUCAGUGUUACCAACAGAGAGGCUUUGACAUCAAGUGGGUUGAUGACGCUCACGCCCUGGGCCUCUUCUCAAGCCCCUUAGCAGCCCGUGAAGCUUUAAGAUCCAAACACCCUCUCAUGAAGUUGCGACCACUCUCCAAAUCCUCCUCUGCUAUAAAGGCCAAAGCCCGUAGCAGCUCAGACUACCUCCUGCCUGCUAAAGAGAGACCUCAGACGAGUGCAGCACUGGCUCGCAAGCUUGUGAUCGGUGCCCUCGGUGUAAAGAGCAACCUGACGAAGGAGCAGCGUGAGGCGGAGAGGAGGAAACUCCAGGAAGCGAGAGAACAAAAGCGCCUGGCAGCCAAACUGAAGGAGGAUGCUUGGGAGGGGAAGUGACCCAUCGUACCCAUCUCUCGGUUUCUUUUUUGUUUGUUUGUCUGUUUGUUUAUUUUUAGAUUCCUUGAUUCAGCAGCUAGUCUCCUCUGUUUAUGCUCCUGCUGUUUUUUUUUGUUUUUUCAACUGGCCACGCCUUUCUAUCACCGCACUUCCCAGAAAUGGAUUCCCACAAUUUUUUUCUUCCAGUUCUUCACCAGCUGUGACUGAACGUCUCAUCGUGCACAUUCAGCAUCCGAUCUAUGCUCCCUCAUUUUUAUGUUCAUACUUUGUCCCUGCCUCUGUGCCAUUGGCAGGGCAAGCACACAAGCGACUUGCUUUUAUGUUUUUAACUUUUUAACCACAGUCUGUAGUGAGCCACUGAGUCGAAAUUAUUCAUUUUUUUAAUAGAUCUGACUCAAAUAAAUCCACCUGUAAAAGUGAGGGAAGCCUAACAGCUCUGUUAAAGGUCCCGUAAUGUUAAAUCCCGUCAUGAUGCAGCACAUCAUAUAGUAUACUUUUAAUGGUUGAAUAAAAAAAAAGAAAAGCACAAUAUUUUCCAGUCAGUUUCUUGGUUUAUUUGAAUCAAAAUUGGACCUCUUUGCUCGCCAUUUUCUGUGAAAUGAAAAGCUGAAAACCAAAGAAGCUGCUGUUGUUUUUGUCCGUUAUCCUGACUUUUGUUCUAAGUCUUGAUGAUGAUGUCGAUGAUCAUUAAUUUCAUUCAUACAACAAAUUUCAACCAAACAAGCUAAUUAGAAUUAAAGAAAUCAUUUUGGGGGAAAGGAACAAACCACAGUAAUGUAACCGUCCAAUAAUGGGACAAAACCUUUGUCAGCAAAAACUUGUCCUUUAACAAAUUGACCUUUUCUUUUCAUUGUGAUUAAUCUGAUACAAGUACAUCCUGAAAGUGAAGUGGCUAGGGUCGGCAAACUUGAAUUGUAUUUCAGUUGCAUAUGCUUUGAUCUGUCGACCCUCUCAAACAGCUUUAGAUGUGGCGGUCAAUCUCAGCAGGCUGUUUUUCUUUAUUCCUGGAGAGGUGAGAUUCUGCACUUGUGAAAGGUUUUCACUGGAGAGAGAGAGAGAGACGAUGUUUAUUAAAUUAAAUGUUUAACUUCAACCUCCGUUUCCUAAUUCAGAGUCAGCUUUCAUAAUUCUGCUUCCUGAAACACACACACAUUCAGGCCCAGGAGACACUUGUGGCAGCUGGAUGCAGCUGCCUCCUCUGAGGCUUCACCCAGCCGACCACAGACCAUGUGGCUCUGUGUCUCCUUCAACCCCUCAGCCAAUAAUUAAGUCUGGUUCUUGGAGCUCAGAGAAAGAGCUGCAAAUUUGUCAGUUGUUUUACUGCAAAUUAUUGAACUUUAUAUCAACUUUAAACUAAAGUUUCUUGUUAACAUUUGGCCUCACAAGCUGUUAGUGGAACAGAUUGUACAUGUACAUGUUUGAAGGUGAUCAUAUAAAAACAUUAUGUUGCCUGCAGACAGCAUUUAGUUAGAGUAAUUGUGAGAAAUUGAACUUUACCACUCUUAUAUAUCCAAAUCAGUGCAGCCCAUUACUGCUGUAAGGAGCCCAGUUUGUACAGCUGUUUAGAUCAUUGGUCGAGAACGACUCAGACACACUGCCACGUGGCUCGUAGUGGGCUAAUUAAAAUGCUGCAGUCUCAAAGGAGGCACCAUUUCAUGUUCAGUUUUUGAACCGGCGAGCAUAACACAUUCCUAUUCACACAAUUCAGGUAUUAAUCUCUUUCCAGAGAUUCCUUGUUUCAGUAUAUGUACAGCAGAAGCAUUAGCAGUGAUGCAUUAAUGUUGUCAAUGCACCAUACACGCUCAUAUAUUAUUAAAGCGGGUGAAAAUGCAUUUGACAGUGUUUUGUAUGGACAUCAUUCAGUGAGAGAAAUACUACUAUAUUUACUGUGGAAGGUAUCAAAAACAAUGCUACAGUAGCGUCAUAUGUUAUUUAUGCUUGCUGUUAUUACACCGUUAUGUAAAAUUAUGAAUUAUGUGAAAGUAAUAAAAUGUAACUGUAACUAUGCCAAGAAGAUGUUAUAUGAUAAAGUUAUUUUUUGUUGUGAUUUUUACUAUUUACUGUUUUACUUCAGUGACAUUGCACUAAAUGGUCGUGUGAUUUGACUCCUCACUCAUGCUCAUUCGUUUAACAUCAUGGACAUCACUGUUGAGAAUUUAGGAAAAGUGAACAACAGAAAGAUUCUGCAUCUUGUAAUUAUGUUUUGUCUCGGAUUCAGCUCUGUGUCUGACCAAAGUCUCUUUUGAAGACAAAAAUUGGCGUAUGUUGAUGUGUCAUCACUUAAACAUUUUGCAGAUUUUGUUGUCUUUCCAGGUCAUGUGUCCUUUUAAUUUGUGAUUUAUUAAACCCUUUUCUUGCUA